GAUUGGAUAAAUGUAAUAGAUGCAUUUGUUAUCUCUUAUAACUCUACGGUUCACAGAGCACAUAGACAUACGCCCCACGAAGUUAUGUUCAGAUGGAAGAUGCACUGCAUAUACGAAACGCCGGAUACUGACCAAACUAAUGAAAUAGAGAUGGACACUGACCAAACUAAUGAAAUAGAGAUAGAUACUGACCAGGCUAAUAAAAUAGAGGUAGACACUGAGCAGACCAAUGAAAUAGAGGUAGACACUGACAAUUUGGAAACAAAUGAAAUAGAGGUAGACACUUCGGAAACAAAUAAGAACGUUCAGGUCAAUACGAAUAAUUCAGAGGAAAUUAUACAGCAACGUAUAUUACGAGUAUCGCGAAUUCAAGAGCUUAGGUUUAGGACA